AUGAGCCUCGUUCGCCCUCGCGAGCCUGGCGACGGCGAUGGCGACGGCGACGUCGAAUCCGAUCGCAAGCCCGUCGUGCGAGCGAAGCUGGAGCCAUCCGGCGAGGCAAGCAGCAGCUCACUCGGUAAUGGCGCGAUCGUUCCCGUCGGAUCCGCGCGAUCUAACGCAGAGGACCUAGCGGCCUUCGAACCGGUUAGCGUUUGGGGUAACUCGUCCUUAGAAGAAGCGGAUCCGGAUAUCUGGCGAUUAAUUCAGGGGGAGAAGCGGCGCCAGCGCUGCUGCCUGGAGUUAAUCGCGUCGGAGAAUUUCACCUCGCAGGCGGUUCUCGAGGCGCUAGGAAGCCCGAUGACGAAUAAGUACUCGGAAGGGAUGCCCGGAGCGCGGUACUAUGGCGGGAACCAGUGGAUUGACGCGGUGGAGAAUUUGUGCCGCGAACGCGCGCUGGCCGCGUUUCAUCUCGACCCGCAACGGUGGGGAGUGAACGUACAGCCGUACUCGUGCACGUCGGCGAAUUUUGCGGUUUACACGGCACUUCUUACGCCGGGAGAUCGGAUUAUGGGGCUGGAUCUGCCUUCCGGUGGGCAUUUGAGUCACGGAUUUUACACCAAUGGCGGGAAGAAGGUCUCCGGCGCGUCGAUUUAUUUUGAAACGCUUCCUUAUAAGGUGAACCCCGUUACUGGAUUAAUCGACUACGAGCGCAUGGAGGAGAAGGCGCAAGAGUACCGACCGCGGCUGCUGGUGGUGGGCGGAAGCGCGUACCCGCGCGAGUGGGAUUUCGCGCGGUGCCGCCACAUCGCGGACAAGUGCGGCGCGAUUCUCAUGUGCGACAUGGCGCACAUCAGCGGGCUCGUCGCGGCACAGGAGUGUAACAGCCCGUUCGACUUCGCCGAUGUGGUAACCAGCACGACGCACAAGACGCUCCGAGGGCCCAGAGGCGGGCUCGUUUUCUACCGCCGCGGCCCAAUUGUCUUUCCCCGUAGCGCCGCCGCCGCGUCCGCUACCAUGGGCGCGGCCGGCGCUGGCGGAGGGGAAGCCGCCGGAAAUAGCGGCGGCGCAUCGGCAGCAGGCGCGAACACUGUGCGAUGUUGUUGUGGAGGCAGCAGCUGUUGUAAAAACGGCGCAGGGGGAAGCGGAGGGGGAGGGGGAGGCGGAGGGGGUGGAGAGGCGGCAGCAGGAGGAGCGAGUGCUUCGCCUCUGCUGCCGCCGCCGUCGGCGCGGGUGCCGGUGUACGAUUUGGAGGACCGGAUCAACUUCGCGGUGUUCCCGUCGAUGCAGGGCGGCCCGCACAACAACCACACGGCCGCGCUCGCCGUCUCGCUCAAGCAGGCGGGGUCUCCCGCGUUCCGCGCGUACAUGAUUCAGGUGAAGCGCAACGCGAGGGCGCUAGCAGCGGCGCUGGCGCGGCGGGGGUGUCGAAUAGUGACGGGCGGCACGGACAACCAUCUGCUGCUCUGGGACCUGCGCCCGCUGGGUCUCACGGGCGGGCGCUUCGAGAAGGUGUGCGAGGCGUGCAGCAUCACGCUCAACAAGAACGCCGUCUUCGGAGACAACUCCGCCCUGCCUGGCGGCGUCCGCAUUGGCACGCCAGCCAUGACCACGCGGGGUUGCAAGGAAGCAGACAUGGAUAAAAUCGCAGAUUUCCUCGUGAGGGCCGUGCAGAUCGCCCAGCGCUCGCUGCACUCGCAACGCCUGCAGCUCUCGCUCUCGCCCUCCCCCGCAGCUGCCUCUGCUCCGCCUGCCACUGGAAUGCUCUCUGUUCCAAGUUCGAGUGGUGGCGGUGCUGGUGCUGGUGCUGCCUCUGCUGCUGCUGCGGCUGGCGGUGGUGGUGCUGCUUCUGGCGGAAGUGCCGGUGGUGCUGUUGCUGCAAUGGGUUCUGGGGGAAAGGGCGGGGUGAAAAGUGGGGCGCAGAUGAUUGGAGGGAAGAGGCCAAGGAGUGGGAUGGGGGCACCGGCAGGGGGGCCAGGAGCAGGAGGGUUGGACCAGCUGGCUGAUUCUGCAGAAGUGCAGGAGCUUCGGGCAGCUGUUGAAAAGUUUGCAGAGAAAUUUGACAUGCCCGGGGAGAAAUUGCCAAGGAGAUGUGAUGAUGGAGAGGAUGUCAAGGAGAGGCUGAGGUUGGGGGAUGCUGGUAGAUUGGUCAGUGAUGGACAAUAG